GCUGUGUAGGUGCACGCUUUCAAAGUUUGACUGGGGAAUAGCCGGAGAACAGUGGAGGCGGCAUCGGGAAAACACACAGGAAAUCUACAUCUGUAGAGGGGAAAGCAUCGCAGCUCGCCUGGGAGGGUCCGGCUCUGGCGAUAAGAACAAUGGGAGAGAUGGCUAAGCGGAUUUUCGAUGUGUAAAUGGGAAACACAAGAAGGUGAAUGUAACACAGUGUUCGCUGGAAGAAGGGACCCCCGGCUGCCCCCCUCAGCCAUGCCGCUCGUAUUCCGCACACUGUUGUUCGGCUUUGUAACGCUGCUCGUUGUGGUUCUCAUAAUAGACGAUAUUGCAGAAGUGGAGAAAGAAACUGCAAACCCUGGACAUUUGAAGAAGAUGAAUUUGCAUCGGGCCAUCCCUAAACCACACAGAAAGGCCACCGCAUAUGUUGAUCCAACUGCUGUGGCGAGAUUGAGCAAAGAUGUAAAUCCUGUCCGUACAAGCUACAACCACACUGCCAAGCUCUCGUCAAACAACUGGACCUUCAACAAGACCCUCUCCAACCUCAUCAGAAAGAAUAUUCUACGAUUUCUGGAUCCGGAGAGAGACAUCUCUAUUCUGAAGGGCACACUGAAGCCGGGAGAUAUCAUCCACUAUGUGUUUGAUCGCCACAGCACCACAAACAUCUCAGAAAAUCUCUACCGUCUUUUGCCAACUGUAUCCCCCAUGAAAAACCAACAUCACAGGCGCUGCGCUAUCGUGGGGAACUCAGGGAUCCUGCUGAACAGCAGCUGUGGGCCCGACAUCGACUCUCACGACUUUGUUAUCAGGUGUAACCUGGCACCAGUGGACCAGUACUCGCAGGAUGUGGGCUGGCGGACCAACUUGGUGACCAUGAACCCUUCAGUGGUGCAGCGGGCCUUCCAGGACUUGGUCAGUGACGAGUGGAGGGAUCGCUUCCUACAGCGUCUCCAGAGCCUCUCCGGCAGUGUGCUGUGGAUCCCAGCCUUCAUGGCCAAGGGGGGAGAGGAGCGCGUGGAGUGGGCCCUUCGUCUCAUCCUCUUGCACACCGUGGACGUGCGCACCGCCUUCCCCUCGCUGCGCCUUCUCCAUGCUGUCAGAGGGUACUGGCUCACUAACAAUGUCCACAUCAAGCGUCCAACCACUGGGCUCCUCAUGUACACGAUGGCCACUCGCUUCUGUGAUGAGAUCCAUCUUUACGGCUUCUGGCCUUUCUCACACGACCCACAGGGUAAACCGGUGAAGUACCACUACUACGAUAGUCUGAAGUACGAGUACACGUCCAGCUCCAGCCCUCACACCAUGCCUCUGGAGUUCAGGACCCUGAGGGCGUUGCACAGACAGGGGGCACUGCGGCUCCACACUGGGACCUGUGAUGCCGACAGGAGACCGCAGAAGGAGCUCCAGAGCAAAUAGCUGACAACAGUUCUCCAUGGAAACCACUUUAAACAGACUUUGAGAAACAGUUUCUUGUUAUUAUAUUUUUUUGAAACUUGAAUUAAGUUAUUUUCAGCAGUUGGAAGGAACUUUUUUCUAUCUGAAGCUCUGUAAGUGACUUCUUUUAAUGAUGUGUUUUAACUUGAAUGAGAUUUCUAUGGCAACAUUUCAAAAGUAAUGAAACUCAUUUUCUGCAGGUAUUUCGUUGUUUUGAACAACAUUUUAAAGGCCACCCAGGUUUUUACUAUUGUGAUGAAUAGGAAUUAAGAUCACAUUGGGUCAUGAAAGGCCAUGAGUAACUAUAUUCCAUAUUAAUAAUAUCCACAGUUUAUGAUAUGAAUGGUCCCCAUUAUGGGUGUGUAUUAAUUUACCCAGCAUGUCAACCUAAUGAAGAGCUGCUGAAUUAAUGGCCCUUGUGAGGCACUUUUUGGGCCACAAGAUGGAAGCACUUAAUAAUCAGGGAGAAGGAUGAUGUAGGAAGAAAGAAGUUGGUCAACUGUUCAAACAUUUGUUUUUUUUUACAUAUAACCUUCAAUUUGUGAUAACAAAUUUUACUCUGAGGACAUUUUACGCUUUUGUAGCUUCUUACAAAAUACAGAGAGUGGUGUUCACAGUGAAACAGGUAUUCCACAAGCAAAACAAUCCAAAAUACUCGUCAGCCAGGACUACUGUGUGGUAAAGUUGGGUUACCUUGAGAGACAAAUGAACGAGUCAAGCAUGAGAAAAUGUAUUCAGCUUCUGUGAGGAUAAAGAGGGAGUGCCAGCUGUUCACAUAACAUUGUUUACACACUCAGCCGGAAGUAACUCUCUUUGUAAACUCUUCUCAAACAACACAAGCCCUGUUUCUGCACUGGAAAUGUUGAUAGGUUGUAGCUGUGUGUUGGUACUAAGAGCUUAGCUUAUUCAAUGAAUGUAUUGGUUAUAUUCUUACAAAUGCUGUAGGAAAUAAACCCUAUAUUGUGCUUUAAAUACAUUUCUAGUAACUGUUAGCAGAAGUUUCAGUGCACUAACACUGAGAAGGAGUUGAUAACUUGUAUGCCUUGAUUAUUUUUUAAUAAUAUAAAAAUGAUACAUGUAUUGUGUGUUUAGGGCUAGUACCUCAACCAUUAUAGGUUGAUACAGAUAUUUGUGGAUUUUAGGAUUGCCAGUAUUUUGUGCCUCUAAUCAAUUAAUUGGAUUGUUCAAAAUUGAAGAGUUUAAAAUGUUCAGGGUUUAUCCAACUUAUUUUUUAUGGAUAAGAUGUAAAAAAACAAACGUACAUGACUCUUGAUUGCGUAACUCUCCACUGAAUGAUUGACAAAAAUAAACAAUGAAAGUUCA